GGUCCUCUCGGGAUUGUUUUUAUCGGGCAUGAGAGUCUGACGUCUGUUUUGACAAACACUGCAGUUUAAAAUACUCACAGAAACAAUCAAUAUACGAUAUAUAUGUAUGUUAUCUUUUUAAUAACGAUGCAGAUAAGGCUUCUGUCGUGUGCACAUUUUUAACGUUAUCCUAUACUUGAUCAUCUGACUUGGCAAAUAACCGCAUUGCUUGACACGUCGCACGGAUCUCGGGGACGUCUAUAAACCUUAUCAUGGCAGCUCAGGUACACGAAUUCAGCGUCGAAAUGACGUGCGAAGGAUGCUCGAACGCCGUGCAGAACGUACUCAAGAAAAAAGGUGUCGACGACAUCAAGAUAGAUUUGCCGAACAAGAAGGUAUUCGUGAUCACUACCCUUGGCUCAACUGAGGUUUUAGAAACGAUCAAGAAAACAGGAAAAACUUGCAAGUUUGUAGGGACUCAUUAAAGGAAAUGAGUGAUUUACGUGAUGUGAUUAUAACACAGGUGCUGCUAAAUAUGUUAAACAUACAUUGCAACAGAGGUAUUUUUUACGUUGCAUCUUUUCUAUGAAAAAGGAAAAUUAUACACUUUAUUGCUUAUUGAUACAUACAAAAGUACAAAAAUAUUUAAGAUUAUAGAUAUUAAAAUAUCUUCUAUCGUCCUAAGCGGUUUACAAGUUUAUAUUUUUUGGAAUUUACUGUAAUGCGAGAUACACGUUGAUUUUUUAUAUUUCUAUCAGUUGGAAAAUAAUGCGUGACUUGUAACGCUGUUUCCGUUUUUUGUAACUUUUAU